CACUAGGAUCGGACCAUAGGUCAAGGCGCACUUUCCGUCGCACUAUGGAUCGAACCUCGGUGGCGACGACCCUCCCAGACCACCACUCAUGAAGCCCUGUCAGUGCUCUUACCCAUGCUUGACCGGUUGAUGUUAGGCUGGCGGGGGUCUAAGCUGGCGAAAUUCCGGCGCGACCCCCGGGUCCGGCGCACGAUGGAUCGAACAUCGGCGACGACAAGGCCCGACCGGCGCAUUUUGGAUCGAACCUACCUCGAAGUUCUCCUCAAAUCCGGCGCACUGGGAUCGAACGUCGGCGCGUUUCGAGCCUCCAAUCCGUCGCAUUAAGAUCGGACAUUUUGGUGAGAUGUCGGGGGGCCUGUCCGGUA